GCCACACUGGCGGCUGCCAUAUUUCUUGAGGCGAACGUUUUCUGUCGGAAACGGUUUUUUCUUUAUCGCAAAACGCAUCCAGAGCAUUUUCCGCAGCCCCAAAACAUCGAAUUUCCAGCGCUUCCAGGUAAACCAGUCGCCGCCGAGCCGCCGGAAAAACGGGCCCUACGGUUCGUCUUUAGCGGUAAAAGAUUGAAGGUGGAAAGCGCAGCGCUGACGUCGGCAGCGGUAGAGGCAGCGCAGCGGCGCUCUUGCUCGCACUCACACUACUCAAAAAUAGAAACGCCAAGGAACUUGUUGCCCGCACCGGCGUAAGGCGAACCCAUGGUCCUUGACAUGGAAUCGGACGAUUCUCGUGCCAGUUCGCCGUCCAAUUCCUCGGAGUCACGGUCGAAUUCGCCCACCAACACCAAGGAGGAAGUUGCCGCGGAUCAUGGUGAUGAAUCGGUUGGCGGAGGUGGCGACCCCCCUCUGGAACGGACCGAUCGAGCCCCCUCCACCAGUAGCUCAUCGUCCAACUCCAGUUCCAGUUCGAAUCGAAGUGACCUGUCCAAGAAGCAGAAGAAGAGCUCGAGCAGCAGUAGCGGAAGUGGUAGUGGGAGUGGCAGUAGCUCUUCCAGCGGCUCCUCUAGCGAGGAUGAGGGCGACCAGGAACCGGAACAGGAAGUGCAGCGUCUUUCCCAGCAGCAACGUGAGCAGCAACUGCAGUCGCCCAAAAAUGAGCGGGACUCCGAGUCUGCUGCUGUUAAAGCGGAGCAUCCUGGUUCGCCAAACGCUAAGUCACAGCCUAGCUCGUUCCUCUCAUCCGUUCGGAGUCGGAGCGUCAGUCCCCAGCUGUACAAUCAGGCUGCCGUGGAUCUGAACAUCAGUCACGACGACCUUAGCGAUGUCAGCGACAUCGAGGGAGAGGAGAAGCGAACCUCAUCCAAAAAUUCGAUGCAUCCGGUGGAUGAGAACGAGGAUGGCGCUAUAUCCAAUGAUUCACUGCCCCCUCUCGGCGAGGAGGAUGAGGUCCAGCAAAAGCAGUCCAAGCACAACGGCAAAGCGUCAAGCGUGGAUGAGAAGGAAAGGCCUUUCGCAAAAGAAACCCAUUCCGACGACGCGUCCAAUGGACUUGCACCAGCGCCUGCUUUGCAGGAGGACUUGGUCAAGACUCACGACGACGACGCCUUGGACUUUGAGGCGGAGGAGGGCGAGUGUCCGGAGCAGGCAAUGGACCCUACACCGAUGGAGGAGAGCACAGCCAACGAAACAAACCAGACCAAGAGUUCGACCAAGGUAUCGCGGGACGAGGGCGAUGACGACGGCGAGGUGGACGAUGAGAAUGACGGCGAUGACAAAGACAUACGGAAGGACGGCGCAGGUAAUGGCUGCCUGGAGGACGGCGCAAGCAAUGGCUGCCUCGAAGACGGCGAGGAGGAAAAAGAUAUAGUGUCGGUAUCGACUUCACCCAGCCACGAAAAAGUGGAAGAGGGUGAGCUGGAGGAGGGCGAGGUGUCCGACGAGGAUGAAAAGCGACCAGAGGAGACUGAACCGAAGCCGGUGUGUCGAUUCUACACACGCGGUCAGUGCACCUGGGGCAUGAGCUGCCGCUUCCUGCACCCCGGCGUCACAGACAAGGGCAACUACACGAUGUUCGAGAGCAUAAUACGGGCGGUACCGAUGCAGGGAGGUUCAACCGGAGCUAGCGCUCCAGCAGCCCCAUCAUCUAGCGCUGCCGCCCGUUCCGGUGGGAGUACCUAUAGCUCGCACGCCUCGGCGACUGCCGACUAUCAUGAAUAUCGAACUGAGCGGCCCUCGCUGCAUCACCGACCGCCACUCUUACAUGCCCCGAGUGCUUAUGGUGCCCCCGUUCACGACGCCCGCACUCUUCUGCCUGACGGAACGCCGGUGGUGGUGGAGAAUGCAUGGGAGCGCGGCCUGCGCACCGCUAAGGAGAUGAUGCGCAAAGCCAACAAACGCAAGGAGCAGGACAUGGACUUUGAGGACAAGAAGAUGAACCUAACACUGUCGCCCGAUGAAAUGGAGAAGGACUCGUACUACCUCAAGGAUCGAGGCGGCAGCAGCGCCCGAUCACCGCCGCCUCCUUCGGCCGCUGUGCGCGAACAGCCACUCAAUCCACUCAGUAUGCCUCUGUCCAUGCAUCCGCAUGCCGUUCCCCAUGCAAAUCCUCGUGCUCUCCUGCCCUUGCAGUACUCCGUUUACGGACCGCCGCCAGAUCGCUACGGCCGACCUCAGUAUAUGCCACCGCAGUAUGAUGAUGUGGAUGCGUACGGCCGUAUGACUAGAUAUCGCGAGUUGCCGCCCCAUCGGAUGCCGCACUAUGAGGACGAUCGUCGGUCGAGGCCAAUGCGCGAGGUCAUCGUACAGCGAGUAGAGGCCGCCGGACGGGGUGAUGAGUGGAGUGAUCCCUGGAUGCGAUCCAAAUCUGUUGGCCGGGGAUCAUACGAACGCGAGGACCGCCGGCGUCGGGACAGGCGCAGCUACAGCAGCAACUCGUCGUAUUCCACCUCGAACAGCUCGCAGAGUGACUCCAGUUCGGACUCGUCCCGCUCAAGCAGUCCGUCCGAUCAUAAGCGGCGCUACGGUUCGCACAAACUUGCCACCGCCACCGCUACUUCACGUCGCCAUGGUGGUCGUGCGGCCCGUUCGCCCAGCCAGAUUCCGCGACGCCCCCGGCGCACUUCCAAGGGAAGCCUUUCGCCUUCAUAUAAGAGACCCGCUGUGGACAAGCGUGGCGUUGGCCACAGCCCGUCCUCCAAGCGUAAGAAGCUGUCAUCGCCAACACCCAAGAAGUUGGACAAGUUGAGACGUCGUCGCAGCUCGAGUUCUUCCGACUCAGACUCAUCGGAUACGUCGUACUCAGAUUCGGAAUCGGGGUCGUCGUCGUCGGACAGCUCGUCGGGAUCAAGAGAUACGCCCCAGAAGCGCGUGAGGGCCACCGACAAGGCGCUCAACGAGCGUAAGCUUAUUAGCAAGCCAGCUGAACAAUCAACCAAGAAGCGCUCGCCUAUUUCCAUUGAGAUUAAGAAAACAUCAAACAUGGUGGGUGUUUCGGCGUUGGCCUCACCCAGCAACUCAGCCGACUCCGACACGGAGAAGGAUCACGAUAACGGGAAAGACAAGGAAAAGGAUCACGUUAAGGACAAAGACAAGGAUGGCAAAGAGAAGGACAAGGAGAAGGACGGGGUCAAGGAAAAAGACGGCAAAAAGUCACGCCGGGAGGAGCUGCUGAAGCAACUGCGCGCCGUCGAGGAUGCGAUCGCCAAGAAGCGUUCCAAGCUAAACUGAUCAAGUUAUGUGCUCACUUCUCCAUGCCCCCAAUCAGACCACUGGCUCCCUUCCACUCCCUGGCAAAUAGCACCCCCUAUAUCGCCCACCCACAAAAACUAAACAUAGCCGAUGGAUACCGGUUCGGCAUCGAAAAAUACUUAGAGGUUACACAACAUUCGCAUCGUAUUCGAUAUUGCCUUGGCCUGCGUGCAGCCGCUCGAUCGCAAUACAAUUCAAUGCAUUUAGGUUUAAAGAUCAUUAUCCAUUUUUUUCCUACCCUGACUAUUGCCAAUUGAAGAGCAUAAAUACUAUGUUUAUAAUAGAAUAUUAAUAAAUGCCAACACAAAAAAAAAUAUUUUUAUCUAUACAACUACGAA